GCGAAGCCGUGACUUCCAACGCUUCGGUAUCACUGCUUCUCACGUUUAAUUGAUUCCGUUUACCGAGAGUCUCGAACGCCGAAGUUCAGAACGCUUGGCUUACCAUGAUCAUAAGUAUCUUUAAUCGCCAAAUGAUGAACACUCUCACUCUGCCAUUGUCGUUUCUUUCUCGGCCGUCGUUGGGUCGCUACGUUUUCCGCCAAAUUUCUCUUAGUUUUCCGCGUUCGGCGAUGAUGAGCAACGGCUGGAAUAGCGCUAAACCUGUUCUUGAGGACUCUGAUGGUUUUGCAGGUUGUGGUCCGCAAUUUUGUGGCAAUACUGAAGAGUGCACUAUGAUGCAAGUACCUCCAAAGAAACCAUGUCAAGGAAAAUGUAUAAUGAUUGGCUCUCUUCCCGUAACACUCCCACUACCAAAUAAUACGAAUCUGCAUGGUUCUUCGUCACGCCCCUUCUUAACUAUUAGCAACACAUGUACUGAAUCUAGGAUUAUGUCAAAUCCUCUUCAUUCUGUACAAUCAAACAUACGCUUAAUGCACACAAAUACGGAUAAAAACCCGUUGCCUGGUUUUAGUCCUAGUUCUGCAAGUCAUAAUAGUAUGUCCCCUGCUGAGAGAUCUCGAUCAUCAAACAUUACAAGAUAUCAAGAGAAAUCAUCUUUCCCUAAUCAUUUAGGGAAGAACAGUGAGGUUGGUUAUGUCGAGAGGCGUUCUGCUCAAAGAAAUUUGAAUAAUGCCCUGGCUGGUUACAAGGUAGAUCCACCAGAUAUUAAACCUUUUGACAUCUGUGUUCAUAGAAGGCGUAAUUCUGGUUUGAAUAGUUCUUUGCAUUCAAACAAGGGAAGGUGCACUGAGAUGCAGGAGGGAUUAGCAGAGAAGAUGAUACUGAAGCCUGGGAUGGUUCUGUUGAAACAUUACUUAUCCCCCAAGAAUCAGGUCGAAUUAGUUAGGACUUGUCGUAAGCUUGGCCGGAGACCCAGGGGAUUCUACCAGCCAGGUUACAAGGAUGGGGCAAAACUCCGAUUGCAAAUGAUGUGUCUUGGUCUGGACUGGGAUCCUCAGACCAGAAAAUAUGGAAAUAAACGAUUGAUUGACGGUUAUGAACCCCCAAAUAUUCCUAACAUGUUCCAGGGCUUGGCCAGUAUGGCAAUUAAAGAGGCACAGAAUCUCUGCAAGAAGAAAUUCAGCGUAACCAAUGUGGAAGAUAUACUCCCUUCAAUGUCUCCAGACAUAUGCAUAGUCAAUUUUUAUUCUGCCCAUGGAAGGCUUGGUCUUCAUCAGGAUCGUGAUGAAAGUAGAGAGUCUCUGCGUAGAGGAUUGCCUGUUGUGUCCUUUUCCGUGGGAGAUUCUGCAGAAUUUCUAUAUGGGGAUGAGAGGGACGUGGAGAAGGCAGAGAAGGUUCUUUUAGAAUCAGGAGAUGUAUUGAUAUUUGGUGGUGAAUCUCGACUUGUGUUUCAUGGUGUUUCGUGUAUCAUUCCAAAUUCAGCUCCAAGGGAAUUGUUGGAAGCUACAGGGCUUCGUCCUGGUCGCCUAAAUCUUACGUUCAGACAAUUCUAAAGCCUUAAUCGCACAGUUGUACAUAUAAGUUGUUUACAGUUGUUUAAUAUGUCAUUAACUUAGCCCUGUAGUCAGUCCCUAGGAGACUUCUGGUCGAGUAGUUCUUACAGUUUGAAGCUGUGGUUAACAUUCUUGUCAUUUUUUGUGUUGUGUUGAUUAAUAUAGAUCUCCAAUAAUUGUAGUUCUA